ACAUCGCUUAUCUAUGAUUGUAUUGAGCUUAAUUCUUCAAGUGAUGAAGAAGGAGUACAGUUUGCUGAGAAUUCAUCUGUCCGCUUACAUGAUGGAGAUCAAGUAACUCUUCAUGAUGUUAUCACAAAUCUUGCCCUACAAAUAGAUGAAGAUGCAGUUUCAAAGUUCAAUAUUGAUAGAAUAAAUAUAUGGGAUGGUGCACUUCGUGGAUUUAAGCGCAAAACAUACAAGCCAGAAAAUAGAAUGUCUGUAAUGUUUACUGACUCAGAUGGCAACUCGGAAGGAGCUGUGGACAGAGGUGGUCCUACAAGGGAAUUUCUAACUUUAUUAAUGCAGACACUACAGAACAGUAAAAUAUUUGAAGGUUCAGAAGACUGGAAAAAUUUGACCUGCGAUUCCCAAGCAUUACGUGAUGAUGAUUACUUUCUGGCUGGAAGAAUUAUAGCCAUAUCUUUGGUGCAUGGCGGACCAUCCCCCAACUUUUUUUCUCGGACAUUAUAUGACAGUCUAGCCUAUGACCCUCAGCAGGUCACACCUUCUGUGAAAGACAUCUGUGAUUGUGAUAUUGCAGAGAUAAUUUUGGAGAUGGAGAAUGUGUCAACACUAGAGGGGCUUAAAGAUGUUGCAGCCAAGCACUGCAACCUUCUGCAUGUGGCAGGAUGUUACCGCUAUUUACAAAAUCUGCAAGACAGAGAUGUACUUGUACAAGACUUCAUGAAGUGGUAUGUUUGUGGCCGAACAAGAAAUUCCCUGGAAAGGUUAAAAGAGGGAUUGAAGACGCUUGGUGUGCUUGACGCCAUUGUUGCACAUCCUGUUCUUUUUGCCAAUUCAUUUUGCUGGAGGGAGGAAGUGCUCACAUCUGAACAGUUUUCAGAAUUGUUCAAAAUAUCAUUCAGCACUGCUGGAAGUAAUAAAAGACGUGAGGAACAAAGAAUUGUGGGCUAUUGGAGAGAUUACCUACAGGAUGUGGAAGAUGCGGAUUCCAGCGUGUCAUUAAGACAGAUUCUAGCAUUCAUUACAGGAGCAGACAAAGAGCCACCUCUUGGUUUUCAACCACAACCGUCUGUUGAGUUCCUGCAUGAGAAUAAUGAAGGAUAUAUCUCCAACUUUCCACAAGCUAACACAUGCUGCAAUAUUUUAAAGCUACCAAUUUUGAAGUCCUUUGAUGAAUUUAAGAAGCAGAUGGAUUUUGCUAUUCUCAACUCUCCAGGCUUUGGUCACCCCUGAGGCAGUCCUUCAUACUCUUACCAACUCCAUGUUCAGUUGGACAGUUUGGGACAGUUCAGGCUUUUUAACUCGCAUCUCAAUGCAUUUAGGUAUGUUUUACUCGGGUACCUCAUUACUUGUUUAAGAGAAGUAGUACUGCACUUAACAGAAUGCAAUGAAGUGUGAGUUAAAAAGCCUGAACUGUCCCACUGAACAUGGAGUCAUAUGGUCACCUUAAGUAUAAAACAGUUCAGUGCAAAUGUUUGGGACAACCACACUAUUGUACAAUUAUUUUUGUUUUGGUUAAUUUAACAAGAUGUGGUUGUAAACCAGUUUUUGAACACAUGGUUGUUUAGUCUAAAUGCAAGUUAAUAAGCGUCUUCAUUGAUUUUAUAAGGCACCUGCAGCCAGAAAGCAGUUGCAUAUUUAUAGAAAGGGUUGCCAUUGUUCUCAUGUCCUCAGUGAGCCACCAUAGAAAUGUUUGUGUAGUAGCAGCUAUUUGUUUGCAAAAUGUAAUUGUGUCAACAAUGUAAUUCACACAUUUUUAGUUAAUGAAAGAUACGUUUUCAUAAUUAUAGAUGUGGGUAUGCAAACUUUUCUUAACAAAAAGGAAUGUAAUGUGACUGUUUGCCAAAUUUGCUUAUAGACAAAUGGUCUCAAAAGACAAAUUCAUUUUAUUACAAUUUCUUCAUAGAUAGUCAAUAUCAAUCAUAUUAUUUACCUUUUCUGCAAAUGGAUUUCAAAUGUUUGCCCGCGAUUGCAGUUUAACAAAAACAGGAAGUGCACAGAAAUGUAUUGUUUUAUUUUAAAAUAA